GCGAGUUCGAUUUCUGUAGAUGAUCUCUGUAUGCGAGCCCGAUCUCUGUAGGCGAGUCCGAUCUGUGUAGAUGAUCUCUGAAGGUGUGUCCAAUCUCUGUAGGUGAGUCUGAUAUAUUUAGAUCAUUCUUCAGGUAGUUUUAAGUAUGCUUUGUUUCAUUUGUUGCCAGUGUUACUCAGAUAUAAGUCUUGCGUUACUGUAUUUACCUGCAGCAAACUUCUGUCUGAUGAAUUUCCUGCAGGGUUGACUCUUGUUAUAGAUGGAUACAUGAACAUCAGACAACAAUAAGAGAUACAGCAAGGUGCACAUUUUAAAAUAAAGGUGCUUGAAAGGUUCUUCACAAGCAAUGCCAUAAAAGAAACAUUUUGGUUCCACAAAGAACCAGUCAGUCAAAAGUUCUUUAAAGAUUAAUUUGUUUACCUCUAUAAUCUGAAGAACCUUUUUUCAUCACAAAGAAUCUUUUGUGAAACAAAUGUUAAAGGUUCUUUAUGGAACUGUUUAGCAAAGAAUGGUUCUUCUGUGGCUUCAUGCAUGAAGCACCUUUAUUUUUAAGAGUGUAAAAUGCUUCUCCAUGUUUUUUCUUUAUAUUUUGAGGACUGACCCUCUUGUGUUCUGAGACAUGGCUGUGAAGAAACUCUGUCAGGACCAAUGACGGACAUCAACUUUAGCAUCUGGAUUUCACAAAGCUUUAAAUCCCUGUGCAUGACUUUCAUUUGGCAGGAUUUUAUACUGGCAUGAGUGUGUUUUAGGUUUAGGAGGAGGACUGAAGAUGCUGUCAUCUGCUAUUCACUCAUACUCAUUUAUUUUUACAUGUGCGUGCGUUUGAAAGAGAAAGAGAGACAGCUGCAGUUUAUUCAUCAAAACCAUUUUUCUACAGCAUUGCUCUCAUUCUCUACACAGAGAGAGAGAGAGAGAGAGAGACUUUAUACACACACAUUCAUAAUAACAGAUUAUGUUAGAUUUUGUUAUUCUAUUCGUGUUUUCAAAGCAGUUUUAUUAAUAAUGUAGUGUGUCGCGGUUUUAUUAACACAGAUGCUGCAGGACGCAGCAGAUAUUGUGACGUUUAUUGCGUCUGACACGUUCACGCUUUAAUCAUUCCUUUACAUGCACGCGUAGUUUAUAUGUCGUGCACGCCCACAGUCGAUCUCCUCCAUCAUUUAAAUAGGAACAUAUGUCGGUGCAGACCAAAAGAUGGUCGUGUCAGACAUUCAUAUCGCUUAUCAACGCUGAGAUGUUAAAGCGCGUUGUGAGGCGCGUGGCCGCUAGAUGGAGACGCGCGCGCGCUGAAAUGUUUAGUAGGAUUAAGAAACAUUGUAGCCUAAACAUGAUGUUUACUGACUACAGACCUGUCGAGUGAACACUACAAAGAAGCAUAAAUCUUUUAUUCUCAUCCGUGUCCCUGCCAGAAUUUCUCAACUGUUAAUAGUUUAGCUUUAGCUGAUUAUACUAAUAAUAUAUUUUAACGGUCUGUGCCUUGGCGCUGUCAUUAUGUUUGUGCUGUGGUAGCUUCUGUCACCAAAAUUUUUUCGUAUGUGUAAACAUAUCUGGCAAUAAAACCUCUUCUGAUUAAAACGGAUUUAACUUAACUAUACAUAGCUUCUAAAAUCCCUGCUGAAACUAGCCUACAGUGUAAGAGGUCACAUUAAAUAAUAACUUUCUGUUAUGACAUUUUAGAAAACAUGACAGAAACUGUGUGUUUACAGGUAAGUUUUCGUUCAAACAAUAUUUUCUGAAAACCUUCCAAAUAUUUUUUCUAGGAAGGGCAGUGGACGCAUGGGAAUACGCGCGAUUUAAAGGCCUACAUGUCCAAUUUACCUUUACAACAAUGAAUUCAAUGUAAAGCAAGUAGCAUAUAAUUUAUUAAUCUACAUUAAUGAAGGUCGUUUUUAUUAUGUGAUGUCGACACUCAGUAAACAGAAUAAUCGUAUUAUGAUAUUCGAGUUUACCCUACAAAUUAACAGUAAUGACAAGUUUUUUUUACACUUUUACAAUAUAGAGCCACGAUUUAACGUUUGGUUACAUAUUGUCUAUUUCUUCUUUAAACAGCCAUACAUUAACAGGAGAUGCAUUAACAUGAUAUUUAAGGAAAACUAAGUAUUUUAGUAAUUUUCUGACGACAAAUUAAUUAUUGCUAGUGUUACUGUAUAUUAUUUGUACGUUAUGGCAGCCUUGUUGUCAUUCCGACACAUUUGUGAACCUAUUUUCGGUAUUAGAGUUUAAUAAUAAUUAGCCAAAAUAGAUGUGCAUAAUGCACAGACGUAUGUAUAUAAAGUAGACUACAUAAAAUCUCUAAUUUAAAUUUAAGUCUUACAAAAGUAAGUUUCAUUUUAUUAUGUCUGAUUAGACGAAAUCGUGUAAACCUGAAAAUCGUUUUAAUUAAAUUUAGGGAUUAGAAAAUUCUUAGAAAUGGAGACCGAAACAGGGCUGGGCAGACCUGUUUAUCUAAAUAAAAUCGACUUCAUUAACAUAGCGAGUCAACAAAGAGCGCGGAACAAAAGAUUUGGUCUACAUGUGUGAUAUUAAACUGUACACCCUUAAAUAACUGUUUCCCUUAAAAGCUUCUGCUAAAUGCGUAAAUGUUAAUGUUUUAAUGUCCCUCUCUAUACAGCCAUUAAACAAAAAAUAAAAUCACAUUGAAAAAUCGUUAAAGCGUUUUCUCACUUCUGUGAGAACAUUAACCAUUGUUUAACUACCAGUUUGUUUGUUUGUUUGUUUGUUUGUUUGACUUAGUAACCCAUGUAAUCACAAUUUUACUGUGGUUGCUUAACAAUGGUAUUUGUAGUGAAAAUUAGUAUUACAAAUAGUAAUUAGCCCCCACCAUGGUUAAUUUUCCUAAGUGAAAAUCUGUCUGGUGUCUGACGACACCUGCUUUUGCGCUUUUAAAGAUUCUAUGCGUUGUGUGCGUUUAUUAGCUCGUAUUUUGUUGAGACUGUCAAUUGAUAUCUUUUUACUCUUCUCGGAUGUAUAAGGGUUAAGAGGUGAGACGUUCGGGUGUUCAGACACGCUGUAAAUAUGUGGAACUUACUGACAUCCAAUCAGAUCGCAACUCCACUAGCCGAUUGGCCAAUAGGCAGACGCUGUGGGCUUAGUGUCGGCCGCAGGUGAAGUGGAUAGUGGCUCUUGUGUGUUCACUCAUACUCGCGCUCUGGCGACGUGGAUGCGCAUCCGCAAAAAGUGCCUUCACGCGGGGCGCAAUGCGACCAAACUGCCGCCACGGGGCUAAAACUCCAUGUGAUCCGGAUCAGAACCGUUUAACUUCGAUGCUCUGUGUUCAAAAGUGACUUUUCCGUUGAAAAUGGCCGUGCGCAGUAACUCUCUGAUGCCGUUUUCCAUUCAAGCAAUUCUAAACCGAAAAGAAGAGUCUCGCCAUCUGAAGGAUCUAGAUGUGUGUUUCUCCAAAAGUGCGUGCUGGAAAAUCUUUGAUGAAAUGGACGGAACGGAGCGAAGCGACGAGCGAGAACAGCAAAACUACGAUUCAGACUCUGGACUGAGCGAGGAUAACGACGCGAGAGCGCAACGGGACCCAAAGAGCAUGAAAGACGCUGAUUUAGCUGACGAAACUGAUCACGAAUCCACGGCAGCGGAUCACAGCAAAGGCCUGAGCGAUUGCGUAUCCGAUUGCAAUGCGACAGAGGAGAAAAGCUGCGAUCAGCCCAAGCAACGGAAGAAACGCUCCCGCGCCGCGUUCUCACACGCGCAGGUGUUCGAGCUCGAGCGGCGCUUUAAUCAUCAGCGCUAUUUAUCUGGACCGGAGCGCGCGGACCUCGCGGCCUCUCUCAAACUCACCGAGACGCAGGUCAAGAUCUGGUUUCAGAACCGACGGUACAAAACCAAACGGCGUCAGAUGGCCGCCGACCUGCUGGCCUCAGCCCCGGCAGCAAAGAAAGUGGCCGUGAAGGUACUGGUCCGUGACGACCGGAGGCAGUACAGUCCUGGAGAACUGCUCCGACCCCCGCUGCUCGCGCUGCAGCCCUCCUAUUACUACCCAUACACGUACUGCCUGCCCGCCUGGAGCCUGUCCUCCUGUACUGGAAACCAGUGACUGUAGAACACUCGCUGCUGUACUGGAAACCAGUGACUGAACACUCGCUCAUAUUUAUUUUGUUAAAGACGUUUACGAAAAAUACCGAGGAGAUUUAUUUACAGAACUGCCUCGUUCCUCCCGGGACUUUUGUCAGUUUGGUUCUGUACGGACACGUUUAGGAUUUUAUUCCAGAUUGUAUGGACAGUUUGUCAUUUUCUUUCGAUUUUUUUUUACAAAAUAUUAUUUCCUCUGGUUGGAAAACAGCACUUGAUGUCGUUAAGACGCGUUCUUGCUGCAGUUCUAAGGUAACGACUGGCACUUUUCCCCCAUAUUGCGAAAUUUGAGCUUAAAAACUGAGCAAAAUAAUGAAAUGAAGGUUUGUUAAACUCAUUUAUAAGCGAGCCGUGAAAUUCAAACGAUUUAAAUUUGUACUUGUUUUCGUAUUUGUGUAAUAUGUUUUUGUUGCUGUUGUUUAAAUGCAAACAUUAAAAUUUGUAAAGCUU